CAUCAGUUACCAAUUACCACUUUCUCUCCUAUCUCUCCGCAACCGGAAAAUUCCUUUCUUCUUUUAUCCCUUGGAUAUCUCGAAUCAUAUUCCUGAUUCCUCUGCAUCUCUUCACCUCAAGCAAACUCGCGAUGAGGAGGUGUGAGCUGUGCAAAGCGAAGGCGCGGACGCACUGCGCGUCGGAUCGGGCGAGCUUGUGCUGGGAUUGCGAUGCCUCCGUGCACUCGGUUAGCUUCCUAGUGGCGCGGCACUCCAGGAGACUUCUCUGCGACGUCUGCCAGUCGCCGAUGCCGUGGACGGUCUCUGGCGGAAAGAUCACCCCUACCGUUUCCGUCUGCGAACAAUGCGCCGGUCAGGAACUGUGCGAAGGCAGCGGUGGAGGAGAAUCGGAGGAGGACAAUCAGAUCGUUCCAUGCUCACCGCUGCCGGCAGAGAGCUGCUCCAGCGACGAUGAGGCGAUUGACGGUGGAAACGUCGUCGUUUGGCGGAAGAAGAUGAGAAUUGAGGCGGAUCGGAGCUGCGCGAUGUCUCGGCGUGCUCCUCCGCCUUAUGUGGCGGAUUCGGGUGGUGUUAAUGUGUGUGGAUCGGGGAUUUUGGAUUCGCUGCGUAUGCUCCACCGUGAAGAUACGGGUUCGGGUCAACAAAUGGUGGAGUACUCCGAUUAUUCUGGUCCGUCGAUCUGAAUUUCUACAAGAGUUGAUGAGAUUUGGUUGUGUAUAUAAUUUCACUCAUAAAAAACUUCUACUCCUAUUUUGGAAAAACUACUACUGUAUUAAUCUGGGAACUCUGAUUAGAUUUGAGUUUUGGUUGAAUUUAGUUUUGAUUGUGAUUUGGGGUUGAAUUAAUGCAGGGUAUUUCUUUUUCA